UAUUUAAACUGGAAAUUGAUCCCAUUUUCUAUUACCAAAUAAUUUGCAAUAUUGCAUAGUGCAUUGUUUUUACAAAAUGCUUACCAAAAAUAUUACUAACUUAUUCAUUCGAAAUAGUACAUUAAAAAAAAAUUAUGGGUUUUUGAGAAAUUUCUCUCUAACUGCGUCGAAAAACGACAUUGUGAAAAUCCAGAGUACUGAUGACUUCAAAGAAAAAGUAAUUAAUAGUAAAGUUCCCGUCGUUGUCGAUUUCUUUGCAACGUGGUGCAACCCAUGUAGACUACUUACUCCUCGCCUUGAGUCUAUAAUAGCAGAAAGUAAAGGCAAGGUGGUUUUGGCAAAAGUAGACAUUGAUGAACAAACUGAUUUAGCAUUAGACUAUGAAGUAAGCUCUGUACCAGUCUUAGUAGCGAUAAAGAAUGGGAAAGUACAAAACCGUUUAGUUGGACUGCAAGAUACCGAUAAACUACGCAAGUGGAUUGAACAGUUUGCUUCUGAAGAAACUAAAGCAGAAAUAAAAGCUUAAUUUAAUAAAAUGAAAUGAUAUAUUUUUCUUUGUUACCAAUGUAGAUUCUUAAUUUAAUAAAUGUUUUAUUCAAAAAA